UCUCCUUAAAGCUCGCCUCAGGUUUACCUAUAUAUACGUACUUGCUCACUUUCUUUUAUCAAUACUCAAAAUCAUUCACAGAGAAAUUUCUUAGUAAGAGAGAUGGCUAUGGCGGAUGUUUCUGGACCUCAAUUGAUUUCUACCACCGGCGAUGCUGAUUCUGAUCAGAUUAUUGUCCCUGAGAAUAAGAGCUGGAAGAAUUUAUUUGCCUACUUAGGACCUGGUUUUCUUGUUUCAAUUGCAUAUAUUGAUCCUGGAAACUUUGAGACUGAUCUACAAGCAGGAGCACAAUACAAGUAUGAGUUACUUUGGAUCAUAUUGGUGGCUGCUUGUGCGGGUUUGGUGAUUCAAUCUCUAGCUGCAAAUCUUGGUGUUGUCACAGGAAAGCAUUUAGCUGAGCAUUGUAGAGCUGAAUACUCGAAAGUCCCAAACUUUUUGUUAUGGGUUGUUGCUGAAAUUGCAAUAGUUGCUUGUGACAUUCCAGAAGUAAUCGGAACAGCUUUUGCUCUGAACAUGCUCUUUAGCAUACCGAUAUGGAUUGGUGUUCUUCUUACAGGCUUAAGUACACUGAUGCUUCUCGCACUUCAACAAUACGGAGUAAGAAAGCUGGAGUUCUUGGUUGCAUUUCUUGUGUUCACAAUAGCUAUAUGCUUCGUCAUUGAGCUACACUACUCAAAGCCAGACGCAGGAGAAGUCCUACAUGGUCUCUUUGUUCCACAACUCAAAGGAAAUGGUGCAACUGGUCUUGCAAUCUCUUUGCUUGGAGCUAUGGUUAUGCCGCACAAUCUCUUCUUGCACUCUGCGUUGGUUCUCUCGAGGAAAAUCCCACGUUCAUCUACUGGCAUCAAAGAGGCUUGUAGGUUUUACUUGAUAGAAAGCGGACUGGCUCUAAUGGUGGCCUUUCUUAUAAACGUCUCUGUGAUAUCAGUAAGUGGUGCUGUUUGUAAUGCCUCGGAUUUAACCCCCGAAGACCGAGCUAAAUGUGAGGAUUUGGACUUAAACAAGGCUUCGUUUCUUCUACGGAACGUUGUGGGUAAAUGGAGUUCAAAGCUAUUUGCCAUCGCACUUCUUGCUUCCGGACAGAGCUCAACUAUAACCGGAACAUAUGCUGGACAAUACAUCAUGCAAGGGUUUCUUGAUCUAAGACUUGUUCCAUGGCUCAGGAACUUCCUAACAAGAUGCUUAGCUAUUAUCCCGAGUCUAAUCGUUGCUCUCAUUGGUGGUUCAGCUGGAGCUGGAAAGUUAAUCAUCAUUGCCUCGAUGAUCUUAUCCUUUGAGCUGCCCUUUGUGUUAGUUCCUCUUCUCAAGUUCACUAGCUGCAAAAUCAAGAUGGGUUCACACGUAAACCAUAUGGCGAUUUCAGCUUUGACAUGGGUCAUUGGUGGUUUAAUCAUGGGGAUAAAUAUAUACUAUAUAGUAAGCAGUUUCACUAAAUUGCUUAUACAUAGUCACAUGAAGCAUGUCCUUGUCGUCUUUUGUGGAAUUCUUGGGUUCUCAGGCAUUGCCAUCUACUUAGCCUCCAUAGCUUAUCUUGUCUUUCGAAAAAACGGAGAAGCUGGUCCUCUUCUUGCUUCGACUAAUUCACAAACUGUGGAGACACUUCCUAGACAAGACAUUGUCGACAUGCAGUUUGGUAAAGCGUCUACAUCCAAUGCUGAUUGAAUCUUAUUCAAUCAUAUCAGUACUAGGACUCAAAUAAAGACCUUUUGAUAGUGGUUCUUAGACUUUAUCAGAAUUGUUUUUUUUUCUAGUAGGUUUUAUGUAAGGAAGAACGUUACAAUGACAUCGGAUAAUAAAAUCAUUGUUUCCA